UGAUAUUAUUGUUUCUGAUGAUUGGCAAUGUGCAAGGAUUUCUCACAGACGCCAACGCACAAGUUGCUGGUCCACUUUGUUAUUCCUGUUUACAUGUCGCACAUCAGAGGGACUGUACACGUAUUGUCCAGUGCGGUCCUCACGAGAAAUGUUAUGGCAGAAGGUUUAUAACUCCAGAUGGUCUGGUAUAUUUUUCAUCCGGUUGUGAAUCAAUAGCCGGUUGUGGAGCACGUCGCUCGAUCCCGCAAGACAAAUCGAACACCUUGUUGAAGGCUGUUAGGGCGGGUAAUGGGGACAUACAGGCUUGUGAUCAGUGUUGUGAUGGUGACUACUGCAAUCUCCAGCUUUGUGAUAAUCCCAUACAAUUAAAACAGCGGUGUCUCUUCUGUGAUGACGUAAUUCAUCCCGAAGACUGCAAUCUCUCUCUACAGUGUGAUGAAGAUCAAAUUUGCUACACGGAACACAUUUAUGUUAACGAUGAAAAAAGAUUCAGAAUGGGAUGUGCCCCAAAAAGUGGAUGUAUUGUUGCUACACCGUCAGGACCUCCAGUGUCAGUCGUUGGAAAACGAAACAAUGAGUUACCGUUCUUAGAUCGCUAUAGAAAAGCUUUACCUACAGAUCGAAAAUAUUGCGCCAAAUGCUGUACUGGACCUAACUGUAACCGGGACCUAUGUACAUCUAGACAAGUUAUUAAUCAAUAUCAAUUGGUAGCGCCACCUCCUUUGGUCCUUUGUCAAGAUUAUGACGAGACGUCAUGUAGGAGUGGUCUGGUUGAUGCUAAUUUCUGCCAGGAUCUAGUAAACAAGAGACUGUUUUGCCCAAGGACCUGCAAUACGUGUUCUGGAGGUGGAAUACCUCUCCCUGUUACCACAGCAAUAACUACAGCAGGCAGCGGAAGCACAACACCCGCAGGGUGUACGGAUAAAAAUCCAAGCCAAUGCCAGCAAUAUAAGGACUUUUUCUGUGAUCCUUCAAACCCUGGUGGAAUAGACGUCUGUCCAGUGACCUGUAAUAAGCCAGGAUGUUCAUCAGGUGGAUCGACAGUGAAUCCAGUAACAGUUUCAUCUAAACCCACUUCUCCUCCCUGUUCAGAUCCUAUUCCUCCAUGUCAAUGUGAGUAUCUACAGAACAAACUUCAGAUCUGCAACGAUGGAGAUCAAGAGCUUCAGAAAUUCUGCUGCUUUUACUGUAAGAAGGUGCAUGAUCCGAAUUGGGUAUGCUCUACGACAGAUAGAACAUUUUGUGACGCUUAUGAAAAGCCGUUCGCUCAAGAAAUUAUGGGUAUAAACAUAACCUGUCACCAUUAGUGAUAAUAAAGAUAUUUGUAAGGAAAU